UUCUAUGAUACAUUUGCUUCUCAGUGUUGAAUUAAUGUUUCUGGAUUCCUGUUUAUUGCAGACUGCAACAAUGUUUAACUCCAACGUGUUUGAUCCUCACCAUCCCAUGCUUGAUAUGUCACCCCCCAACAAUUCCUCUGGGAGUGGUCAGGUAAGGCGCAGAGAAGAGGAUGACAUUGAUGCCAAAUCUGGUGGCACCGGCAUGGAGACCAUUGACGUUCCUUUCACUGAUGAGCAACAAGACUCCAACCAGCGACCCCGGAAGAAGGGCUACCACCGCCACACCACGCACCAGAUUCACCAAAUGGAAUUGUUCUACAAGCAUUGUCCUCACCCGGAUGACAAGCAAAGAAAAGAGCUGAGCGGCGAGCUGGGGUUAGCGCCUUUGCAAAUCAAGUUUUGGUUCCAGAACAAGCGCACUCAGAUGAAGGCUCAAAGUGAACGCCAGGAGAAUGCGCAUUUGAAGGCUGAGAAUGAAAAACUCCUCGUUGAGAACAUGCGGUACAAGGAGGCCUUUAGUAAGGCUACAUGUACCACCUGUGGAGGCCCUGCUUCGCCUGGCGAAAUGUCCUAUGACGAGCAGUUUAUGAAGUUGGAGAAUGCUAGAUUGAGAGAAGAGAUUGAGAGGAUUUCAGGAAUUGUGGCAAAAUAUGCUGGGAAGUCCACAACAUCCUACUCCAGCCUUUUAUCUCAAAAUUACAAUCAAAUGCCUUCUUCUUCGCGAGCAUUUGAUCUCGGAGUAGGAAACUAUGGUGGUGAUGGCAAUGACCUUCUUAGGUCAUCACUCCCCCCAAUUCUUGCUGAUGCUGACAAACCUAUCAUUGUGGAGGUUGCUGUUGCUGCAAUGGAGGAGCUAGUAAGGUUAGCUCGUGCUGGACACCCUUUAUGGGUCCUCAGCAACAACCACAAUGCUGAGAUACUGAAUGAAGAGGAAUACCUCAGGGUGUUUCCUAGGGGUACAGGUUCCAAACCCUUCGGCGUAAGGUCUGAAUCUUCAAGAGAUUCAGCUAUUAUUAUGAUGAACCCAGCCAACUUAGUUGAUAUGUUAAUGAACGUGAACCAAUGGGCAAGUUUCUUUUGCCACAUUGUGUCCAAGGCAUCAACACUGGAAGUGCUCUCAACAGGCGUGGCAGGAAACUACAAUGGCGCAUUACAAGUGAUUCAAGCUGAGUUCCAGCUGCCUACACCACUUGUUUCUACUCGUGAGAACUAUUUGGUGAGAUACUGUAAGCAGCAUCCAGAUGGGAUAUGGGCUGUGGUUGAUGUGUCCUUGGAUAAUCUGCGACCCAGUACAAUAUCAAGAAACCGAAGAAGGCCCUCUGGUUGUGUGAUUCAACCAUUGCCAAGUGGCUACUCCAAGAUUACUUGGGUAGAGCAUGUAGAGGUUGAUGAUAGAGCGGUGAAUAGCAUAUAUAGGCCUCUAGUUGGGUCUGGCCUUCCCUUUGGAGCUAAACGCUGGGUAGCUACAUUAGAUAGACAGUGUGAACGUCUUGCUAGUUCAAUGGCCAGCAUCAUACCAGCAGGGGACAUUUGUCCGGUAACCGAUGCUGAUGGAAGAAAGAGUAUUCUGAAUCUGGCAGAGAAAAUGGUGAUGGGCUAUUGUACUGGUGUUGGUGCUUCAUCUACUUGGUCAACGCUAGUCGGAAGCAAUGAUAUAAGGGUGAUGACCCGAAAUGGUGUGGAUGAACCGGGCAGAGACCCCAGUCUUGUGCUGAGUGCUGCAACUUCCUUAUGGCUUCCAGUCCCUCCAAAGAGGGUUUUUGAUUUCCUUCGUGAUGCAAACAGUAGGAGUCAGUGGGAUAUUCUCUCCAAUGGGGGUCUAACUGAAGAACUGGUACACAUAGCAAAUGGGCGUAACCCUGGCAACUAUGUCUCUAUACUUCGUAACAAUAAUGCUGAAACCACCAACAUGGUGGUACUUCAAGAAAGUUGCACUGAUUCAACUGGGUCAUAUGUUAUUUAUGCACCUGUGGAUGUUAGUGCCAUGAAUUUAGUUCUGACCGGUGGGGAUCCAAGUUAUGUUGCCCUGCUACCCUCAGGCUUUGCAAUUCUUCCUGAUGGGCCACCUAGAGUGAAUAAUGAAGGACUCAUACUUGAAGUUGGAGGUGGAGGUACUUUACUCACAGUUGCAUUUCAGAUCUUGGCUAAUUCAGCCCCGGAUGCAAAGCUAACUAUUACUUCAGUGCCGACUGUUCGUGAUUUGAUUAAGUGCACAAUUGAAAGGAUCAGUUCUGCCGUGAUGGAUCCAAUCCCCUAAGAUGCAUGUGGGUGACAAGCUUGGAGUGGUGCAACCUUAGUUUUCAACAAAAUGGAGAACAAGUCAAUAAACGCACCUUGGAGAAUCUCUAGCUCUUAGGUUCGAGUAUUGACUUUCACUAUUGAAGACCAAAGGAGUUCCGCCCGGGCUGCACAAUGUUUCAUUUUUUGCUUUGAAUAAACUGCUGUUUCAGCAUUUGGAAUUUUCACCACAAUUUUGUAAACUUGCCUCAAGUGGUGUAAUAAAUAAUUAUCGAAUUUUGCGGUUAUAUUUAU